AUGAAGAGAAAAGAAAAGAAAAGAAAAAAAAAAGGAAGCUCUUCUUCUCUCUUUCUUUUCCUUCCUCAACUCCACUCCAAGCCGGUGUGGCGAGACAGUGGGGCAGCGAUUUCCCCGUCCUUCCUUCGUUGGAUUUCCCUUACCCUCUCCCCUUAAGAAAGACGAGGGUUAGGGUUUGGGGAGGAGCGGCCAUGGGGAAUUUAUUCGUGAAGAAACCUAAGAUUACGGACGUGGAUCGAGCAAUCCUCUCCCUUAAGACCCAACGCCGCAAGCUCGCUCAAUACCAGCAGCAGCUUGUUGCUGUCAUUGAAGCUGAAAAGCAAGCUGCAAGGGACCUGAUUCGAGAGAAGAGGAAAGACAGGGCCCUUCUUGCACUGAAAAAGAAGAAAGCUCAGGAAGAGUUAUUGAAGCAAGUUGAUGCUUGGCUAAUUAAUGUUGAGCAACAAUUGGCAGAUAUUGAACUGGCAAGCAAACAGAAAGUUGUAUUUGAAAGCUUGAAGGCAGGCAAUAAUGCCAUCAAAGCUAUACAAAGUGAGAUCAAUCUGGAAGAUGUUCGCAAGUUGAUGGAUGAUACGGAAGAUGCAAAGACUUAUCAAAAUGAAAUAACUGCAAUUCUAGGCGAGCGUUUAUCUGCUGAGGAUGAGGAAGAUGUUUUAGCGGAAUUUGAGAACUUGGACAGUGAGAUCACCCUGCAGUCUUUACCAGCAGUUCCUGCUUCGUCAGUGCCAUCCACUGAAGUAUCUAGAAAGAUACCUAAACUGCAGCCAGAAGUGGGACUUCAGCUUGAAGGCGAAGAAGUCGAGGUUCUUGAUCUUCCUGAUGUACCUACCAUGACCCCGGUGGUAUCAGAUCACAUUUCAACUAAAGCACCGAGGACAAAGGUUUUGGAGGAACCACUACCUGCUUGAAUGACAGAUUACAUUUGGAACGGAUCAACAGUUCAACUGCUUGCUUCAUGCGCUUAUUCCUGGAUUUGUACAGUGCGUCUGCAUGAUAUAGCUGUUUGUUCUUCAGCUUAGUAGCCAGCUUUUAUCCUGGUCCCCCGCUCCGCCCGGACUCCUGUUUGCUAAAUUGUUUUGGCUGUACAAAUAGUUGCAUCAUGUUUGCAAUUAUAAAGAAUAUAGCUGUUGUAUCU